AUGUUUCAUUCUAGCAAACGCCUAUAUUGCAGCAAUGUUGAUGAAAUUCAACUCACUGGUUACGAUUUAGAAGUAUAUAAAAACGCAGAGCAUAUAUUAGGGUUCCAACGGCACAAGCAAGGACGACUAUGGACUUGGGAGAAGCCUUUAACUGCACGUAGAAGAGUGCAUCGUAGACAAAACGAGCAUCGUUCAAGAAGACCUUGGGGGUUGGAAGAUACUGGAUCAACUCUCAAUAGUGAAUUGUUGGAAUAUUUUACAACGCUAAACAACUCAGAAUCUCGAUGUUCUUCUCCACAACUCCCAACAUCACAUACUCUUAUCCCUGUUGAACCCAUUCUUGUCACUACCACUACUACUAAAAUUACUACUGCAACAACAACUGCUCAACCUUCUCGUUUAGCUGCUUUUUAUCGUCGCGUUUGCGCUUCUUUGGCUGUCCAUCGUACCACAUGA